GCUCUUUUGGGAAGCCAGACGCUGCGGUGCGGGCGAAUGAGAGGAAAGUUGCCGUUUGUUCAUAAGGAGGAAAAAUACACCACGUCAGAGAGCGAGCGAGUUAUAAAACAUCCCCCCCUUUAGCCAGGCAGCCCUCCGCAGCACGCACUGCACACGCACAAGCCGCUCUGGCUCCCGCUCCUUCAUUUCUUUCUUGACACUCCAUUACUAAAUAGCGGGUUUCUCUCGCGAACAGAACUUUCCCCCUCCCCACAAUCAUGUCGAGCAAAGAGGACAAACCAGUAGAACAAUCCCAGUCCAGUUGGAAGGACUUCAUCUACAACCCGCGGAACGGCGAGUUCAUUGGGCGCACGGCCAGGAGCUGGGCUCUUAUUCUUUUAUUUUACCUCAUCUUCUAUGGAUUCUUAGCUGGAUUAUUUUCACUCACUAUGUGGGUCAUGCUGCAGACACUGGAUGAUUACACCCCUAAGUAUCGAGACAGAAUCUCAAAUCCAGGAUUAGUAAUUAGGCCAAAAGCGCCAGAAAUAAUUUUUAAUAGGUCAGCACCUUCAGAGUAUAAGGAGUACACAGACCACCUGGAGGCAUUCCUAAGUAAAUACAAUAGUGAACACCAAAAGAAUAAUAUUGACUGCACUCCUGGAGCCUACUUUAUUCAAGAUAAUCAGCCACUCCCCAAACAAGUCUGCAAAUUUGAACGUAGUUUGCUGGGCCAGUGUUCUGGGAUUACCGAUCAGACCUUUGGCUAUUCUGAAGGAAGACCUUGUAUAAUUGUCAAAAUGAACAGAAUUAUUGGACUUAAGCCAAAACCUACUCCUUUCAUUAACUGCACUGCAAAGAAAGAUGAUAAGCUGAGUGUGAACUAUUUUCCAGAGAAUGCAACAUUUGAUUCCAUGUACUUUCCUUACUAUGGAAAAUUAGCUCAUGACGGCUAUGUGCAGCCCCUGGUGGCCGUUAAACUGUUGCUCAACAGUUCUGAUUUCAAUAAGAAGCUGUCCGUGGAGUGCAAGAUCGAAGGGUCCAACCUGCUGAACAACGAUGACCGGGACAAGUUCCUGGGUCGAGUAGCCUUCCAAGUCACAGUCACUGAAUAGCAGCAACGGGACGUCUGCAAGAUGCCAGUAUUGUGGUGGUGUUAAUUUUCAAUCAGCUGGACCUGCCAUUCUAGGACAUGAGACCACUUUUGGAAAGCGGGGUUAGAGCUGGGUGGCAGUGAUGGUAGCAUGAAGAGGUGCUUCCAGGUCUUAGUUUUCAACCCCUUAAUGUGUUGCUGCCUGCCUGCCUUGCCCUCGGUUUCC